CGCUAUCUGGGGUACCCGGCCCCUACUAGUAAUCAGGGAGUUGAUGACUUCUGGAGGCCUUCCAUCGUGCCGUUUGACCUGGCACCGUUGACACUUUUUCUUCAGUCGUUGGACGCAGGCUCUUCUGCUCAUGUGCUAUCGGGAGAGUGGUCCACCUGUCACCCAGCCUACAAGAUGUCCGUCAGUUCCUAAUUCUAUUGGCAACAGGCUGUUUCAUCUAUCUAGUCGAAGUCGCAACAUAGGACAGGCGCAAGGCCGCUAUCAACGGGUACAGUAGCUUCGAGUUUGCGGACAGCCACAGGCGAGAUGCGGGUACGUGCAGUGCUGACCGGGUGAAUGGCCGGAUUCUGACACCAUUUCCCACGAGGCAAAUAUAGUUGGAUGUUCUAUAAGUACUAGUAGUAGCAACCAAUGAGGAUUCAAUUGGACGUUCCGAUUCAGACCGCCGGCGAGUUGCAGCGACCGACCAGCAGGAGGCGGACAGCUGAAUUGCUUCCGGCCGUCGAAGGCCUACCUCUAGUCAGCAUCAUCUUGUUUGCUUCUGAUUUUCCAGCAUGCUUGAACAUCUGGGGGAGCUCCAUGCAUAUCGGAAAGCGAUUUGCGCAGUUUGCAACUGUCGUCGAGGCAUCAGUGCUAUGUACUGUAACACAUCAUCAAGGCGGCGGGUUGUCCCGUUUGCACCAACAAUUUUUGUUUCGAAGUUGGAACAACGCCGUAUCACAUCAUCGGCGGGAGACAGAUGAGGCUGACUGAUGUAUGAUGUGCUGUACAAGGAGUUAGAUAUGUAGCCAGGUAUCAAGCUCGACUCGGAGCCAAAGCCAGGUCAACCUGUAUCAAACAUGGAACUGGAACUUGAAGUUGCUGCACUCGUCGAAGUUCAAGUUGCAGGGAGCUCACGCGUUUGCCAAGCCUGAGUGGCCCACCGCAAAUACUUGUCACUUCUCACGCGUCCACACUUUCCUCUUCCCUUCU